CGCCGUACACGAUGUCGAAGACAGAGCAGACAGAACUUCACCCGGAUGCAGAUCUGCCAGUAUAUUUCUGGAAGCCGGAACAGGAGUACGGAUGGGCGUCGCAGUGGUACCACUCCCCCUUCACCGCGCGCGUCACCCUCCCGAGCGGCGAGGAGCGCGAGGCCGUCUUCCCGACCGCAGAGCACUGGAUGAUGGCCCAGAAGGCGCUCCUCCACAAGCCUACAGCCGUCGCGCCCGUCGCGAAGGCACGCCCGCGCACGCGGUACCCGAGCGCAAAGGAGUGCAAGUCGCUCGGACGGAAGGUGCAGGGGUUCGAGGACGCGGUGUGGACGCGCGAGCGCGUGCGCAUCGUGCGCGAGGGCACGCUGCACAAGUUCCGGCAGCAUGCGGGGAUACGCGGCGAGCUGCUCGCGACGGGCGGGCGGGAGCUCGUCGAGGCGAGCCCACGCGACAGGAUCUGGGGUAUCGGGUUCGGGAGGGCGGGCGCGGAGAGGGUGGAUCGGGAGGCGUGGGGGCUGAAUUUGCUGGGGAGGGCGUUGAUGGAGGCACGGGCGGUGUUGAGGGCGGAGGUCGCGGAAGGGCGCGCGUGA